AAAUAAUGGACAAGAUACAAAACAUUGCAGUCGGCGGCUCACGAGACAGCGACAGGAAAUCACAAGCACAAAUAACGAGUAUAACUUUACUUAACACUGUAUGUGCUCACCAGGGAUACUUCUAUGAAUGGAUCCUACUCCGACUACUACGGCACCUUUGCAAGGCGACAGCGAGACAGAGUAUUCAAAAUAACCUAUGGGCCAGGUUUGUGACUCUUCCAAGUCAAGAUCGAAUAUGGACUCUGACCCUGACCGACAAAACCGGUCCAAAACCCGAAGAGCAAGAUUCUAAAAUGCCGCUGGUGAUGGUCCAUGGCUUUGGAGGAGGGGUGGGACUAUGGAUUAGGAACCUGGAUGCACUGAGCCGGUCACGGCCUGUUUAUGCCUUCGACCUCCUGGGUUUCGGUAGGAGCUCCAGACCUUCUUUCCCUUCUGAUGCUGCCAAAGCAGAGGAGCAGUUUGUCAACUCCAUAGAACAGUGGAGACAGUCUGUAGGUUUGGAGAACAUGAUUCUGCUGGGCCACAGCCUGGGCGGGUAUCUGGCUACAUCAUACGCCAUCCAAUACCCUUCAAGAGUGUCUCAUCUUAUCCUGGUUGAUCCGUGGGGUUUCCCUGAGAGACCACAGAUCCGGAGCCAGGAGAUUCAAGGUCAGGCCACAGAGUUGGUAAAGAGGCCAUCUCCACCUCGCUGGGUGAAGGCUAUUAUUUCAGUAGUUUCCCUCUUCAAUCCUCUGGCUGUCAUCAGAGCAGCAGGCCCAUGGGGUCCGGGAUUGGUCAAUCGAUUUCGUCCCGAUUUCAAAAGGAAAUUUGAAGAUCUGUUUGAUGAUGACACUAUGGCACAGUACAUCUACCAUUGUAAUGCACAGCCCCCGAGCGGCGAGGUGGGUUUCCGGGCCAUGGCUGAGUCUUUGGGUUGGGCCAAGAGACCUAUGCUGCAGCGGGUCCCUCUGCUACCCAGCUCCAUGCCACUCACCAUGCUGUAUGGAGCCCAGUCAUGGGUUGAUAGUUCGUCCGGGGACAAUGUGGUCCAGGUUAGGAGCCCCGCUCGCACCAAAGUGCUGCUGAUAAAUGAUGCCUCUCACCACGUGUAUGCCGAUCAACCGGAGAGGUUCAACAGAGUGGUAGAAAAUAUAUGCAACUCAGUUAACUGAAUAGAGUUCACGUGUAUGUAAUACUGUAUGUGUACUGUGUACUGUACAUAAAGACAAAUUCAGGAGGUUUCUUCAUGUACCUGUGUAUCUUCAGCAUUCUUACAUGAGUAUGAAUGACGUUUUGUCCUGAUCUCAUAGUAGUAUUCAUACAGUAUAUAAUAUCAAAACUCUGUUUUUAAAAAAAAAUAUUAUUUAGCACUUCAUUUCUUUUGAACCUAUUCAAGGUAUACACUGUAUUUAGCUCGAAGCAUACUGUCCAUUGUUGACUCUUGACUUGAAUGGAGACUCCUUUGUCAUAAGCAGCCAAUUAGUUGCUUUUCAUUUGCUUUAAACAAGCUUUUUAAGCAUAAUAGGACUUGGAGGAUUAUUACUGUAAUAUUUAGCAUUUUGCCAAGUAAAAAAAAAAAAAAAAAAAGACUAAUAUUUCAUCUUAUUUUUCUUUUCAUGAUUGCUAAAUCUCUGAUUUUGCUUGUGAUUGAAUUGUGUACAUUGAAAACAAUAAAACAUUUUAGUCCUUUG